CAUGUCAGAAAAACAAAAGAGAGAAAAGAAGGGGAGGGAAGAGAAGGAAAACAAAGGAAGGAAAGGAAGCCAACCCCACCGCCUACCAAUGAAGACGAAAGAGGAAGAAGAGUUUAGUGCCUGGUAGCUAGCUGACCUCGAAAGCCCAUCCGUCCAAUUAUCUUGUGUAUGUCUGUAUGCAAGCAAAGUAGAAUAAUUAAUUAUUGCUCUCAAACCACACCACACCACCCAAACAAAACGCGUUGAAUUCAUCACAUACUAAUACUACUAGCAUUGGUAUUUCUUAAUAAUCCCACCCGCCCGCAGUUGCAGCAGCAGCAGCAGCUGCUCUAGUCUUUCUUCCAACUAACCCGAAGACAAGGCAUUGACAUUGACAUUGACAGAGAAACCAGGCAUCAGACAUAGUAGACAAAGAGAAGAGAAGAGAUCCUCUUCCUCUUUCUUCCCAAUCAAACCUCCAAUCUCCAAUCUCAACCUCAGUGCUUGUUUAUGUAUGUAUGAUCUCAAUCAAACCUCCACUUACUUGACGACGUGACGACAACCAGACAAACAGACAGCCAGACAGGCUGCUAAUUGUCUCAUGGAAUGGGCAGAGGCGUUCCUUCUUACCAUUACUAUUUCUACUACUACUACCAUUUAGUAUGAUGACAGCCCGCCGCCGCAUCCUCUUUCUUCUCUGGAUUUCCUCCUCCUUCCUCUUCGCCAGCAUUCGCGGCCGGUGCCUCGACGAUCAGAGGUCAUUGCUGCUGCAGCUCAGCCACAGCCUGGACCUGCGCCAGCUGAGCUGGGACCUCAAUGUCGAUUGCUGCAGCUGGGAUGGGGUAGGCUGCGAUGACGCCGGGUCGGGUCGCGUCAUCCGUCUGAAGCUCGACAACCGAUCCAUAUCCGGCGACCUCCGGGAUGCUCCCGCCCUCUUCGCCCUCCGCCACCUCCGGUCCCUCAAUUUGGCCCGCAACCUCUUCUCCAACGCCCCAAUCCCGAGGGGGCUCGCCGAUCUGACCCGCCUCGAAUACCUCAACCUGUCGAAUGCCGGCUUCACCGGGCAGGUCCCCCUCCAGCUCUCCCGAAUCACCAGCCUCCUGGUCCUCGAUCUCUCCACCCAGUUCCAGGAUGCCUCCUCGCCCCCCCUCCAACUUGAUCUGGGGACUCUUGUCCGGAACCUCACCCGCCUCACCGAGCUCCACCUCGACGGUGUCAAUAUCUCCUCGUCCUCAGGCUCAGACUGGUCCCGAUCUCUGUCCUCGUCUCUACCACGCCUCAGGAAUUUAAGUCUGCGCCGCUGCGGCCUCUCCGGCCCUCUGCACCCUUCCUUAUCCCGCCUCCGCUAUCUCUCCCUGCUUCAACUCGACGACAACGAUCUGAGGACGGUGGUUCCAGACUUCAUCGCAGAUUUCACAUACCUCACGACCUUGACUCUCAGCUUCUGCUCUCUGCAAGGGACUUUUCCUGAUGCCAUCUUCCAGGCACCCACCCUGCAGCAUCUGGAUUUGACCUAUAACGUCAAUCUCACCGGCACCAUCUCCCGAUUUCCUAGUGACGGAUCGCUGAGGUCCAUCGCACUUAGCUACACCAACUUCUCUGGUCCUUUACCGGCCUCCAUCGGCAAUCUGAGCAUGCUAUCCAGGAUAGAGCUCUCUCAUUGCAGCUUCACGGGCACAAUUCCGUCCACUAUCGGCCACCUGACGGAAUUGAGACACCUCGACUUCUCCUUCAACUCCUUCACCGGCUCAGUCCCUCCUUUCCCCAUGUCCAAGAAGCUUGCUUACAUAGACAUCGGUCGCAAUGCUCUCACCGGAUCCCUUUCCCCUUCACAUUUUGAAGGCCUCGGGAAUCUGUCAGUCAUUAACUUAGGGCACAAUGCACUGAACGGAACAAUUCCCGCGUCUCUUUUUGGCCUACCUUCACUGCAGGUGCUUGAUCUUUCUAACAACAAAUUCAGUGGCCAAGUCGGUUAUUCUGCUUGGAACCCCUCCUCCAACGUGUUGGAUACCCUGGAUUUGAGUAGCAACGCGCUGGGAGGUUCUAUUCCUGAGGCUUUCUUCAACCUUGAACAGCUGAAGGUUCUCUCCCUUUUUCACAACUCCUUCAAUGGCACUGUCCACCUGGAAAGCAUUCAGAAGCUUCGCAACCUCUCACGACUGGAGCUUGGAUAUAACCGCUUGUCAGUUGAUGCAAGUAGCAGCAGCAAUUCAAGCCUGUCUCAAUUUCCCCAGCUAAGCAAGCUGAAUCUGGCUUCCUGCAACCUGAACAGUUAUCCUCAUUUGCUGAGAAACCAGUUCAAACUGGUGGAUUUGGACCUCUCCAAUAACCAAAUCACAGGACAGGUCCCUAGUUGGAUUUGGGGAAUCGGAAACGGAGCUCUGGCUCGUUUAAAUCUUUCUUUUAAUCUCCUGGAGGAUUUCGAAAGGCCUUUCAGUAUGCCUUCUUUAUCUGUACUGGACCUGCACUCAAACAGACUUCGCGGCGAGUUUCCAAUUCCCCCAGCAUCAGUUAUCUACGUGGACUACUCUAAUAACAGCUUUCAGAACCCCAUUCCAUCCGACAUUGGUAACAACAUUACCUUUGCUAUGUUCUUUUCUGCUGCAAGCAACCAGCUUAACGGGACAAUCCCUCUGUCUCUCUGCAAUGCUACUUAUCUUCAAGUUCUUGAUCUAUCUGGCAACAGACUCCGUGGCAGUCUGCCCCCUUGCCUGGUGGAGAGUAUCACAAGGCUUGGGGUAUUGAAUCUUGGGAGAAACAGCAUCAAUGGUGACAUUCCCGACACAUUCCAUGUCAACUGUAGUCUGAAAACGCUGGACCUAAGCAGAAAUCGCUUGGGCGGGCAGAUUCCUACAUCCCUGGCCAACUGCAGAUCUUUAGAAGUUAUGAAUGUUGGGAACAAUGAAAUCCAGGGAGGAUUCCCUUGCAUGCUGAGGGCUUCAUCCACCUUGCGCGUUCUUGUUUUGCGGAAAAACAGAUUUCACGGGGACCUCGGAUGUUCUGGGGCUUAUCAAAAUGAGAGCUGGACUAAUCUCCAGAUCAUCGACGUAGCUUCCAAUUUCUUCAACGGAAAGCUGUCUGAAAGUGGCAUCACAAGUUGGAAGGGAAUGGCUGUAGACACCGAUGCAGAGAGAAGUUUAAACCAUCUUCGGUUUAGCUUCCUCGAUAUGAAUAAUUUCUACUAUCAGGACAGAGUGGGUGUGACCGCCAAAGGGCUAGAGGUGGAGCUUGUCAAGAUCUUGAGAGUCUUUACAUCCAUUGAUUUUUCUUGCAACUACUUUCAGGGCGAAAUACCCGACACCAUCGGACAUCUCAGUGCUCUUUAUGUCCUAAACCUGUCAAACAACCACCUGAACGGUCAGAUUCCAAAGUCGAUAGGGAACUUGACGGAGCUUGAGUCUCUGGACCUGUCGCAUAACCAAUUAACAGGGGAGAUACCAAAGGAGAUAAAAAAUCUGGCAUUCCUUUCAUUCUUGAAUCUCUCCUAUAAUAAGCUGGUAGGAAUGAUUCCAAGGGGAUCCCAACUUCAGACAUUCUCUCCAUCAAGCUUUUCCGAAAACAGCGGGCUGUGCGGAUUCCCCUUGAGCACUGUUUGUAACUCUUCAGCACCACACUCGGUGAUGAUGAUGGAUCAAGAUAUUGAUUGGAAGUUCAUUUUCAUCGGCCUGGGGUACGGGGUGGGAGCAGCAUUGGCCAUUGCCCCUCUUGCAUUCUGCAAGCAGUGGAGGGAGCAAUGCAAUGAGCACCUGGAUCGAUUUCUGAAGCUCAUCAUUCCCAGAUAUGGAUUCAGGUACGUCAGAUAUGAUGGCGGCUGCGGCGGCAGCAAGAUAGAAGGUCGGUAUGCGGAAUUGUACAUCGAAAGGUAUUGUGUGUUUUGCACAAAAGUGGACACUCAAAUAAAGAGAGCCAUACGUAAUCCCAAAUGUGCAUGCCAUAACUCGCUGCCGGUGACUUUCUCCUCCUCCUCCAUUGCAUCAUCUACAUCUUCUCAGCUGGUCAUGCAUCACGCCUUUUGAUUUUGAUUGAUUUUUUUUCGCUUAUUUUAUUUGCUCGUGCAUGUAUAUUGCCUAGCUUGAGUGAGCAAAUCGAAAAUAUGUAUAGGAACGGGCAUGCUGGAUUCUUUGAAGAUGCAUCUGACCAUCUAAGAAAAUAUUGAUUGAUUGAUUGGUUUA